GGGCUUGUGAGGUUCAGGAGAGGGGUAGCUUUGGGACUUAAAGAGCAAAAGAAGAGUAACUGUGUGACGAGCAGUGAUUGUUCCAAGAUUCUAAGGCUAUCGGGCAUCUGCCGAUGGGAUAGUGAUUGCAGAACACAGAAUCUGAGUGGCUGAGGCGAUCCGUGAGGUUUAUAAUGUACUCUUUUUAUUUACAGACUGCAGAAGUUGUUGGAACUGAGUAGCAUUUCAACGUGUGUACUGUAUAAUCUCAGGGUACCUGAGCAAGAGAGAAUAGAAGAAAGCAAAAGCUCAUUACGAAGUUUGCCACACGAAACACUUUGAUGGACAGUGCAGUGCAAGGACUGCAUCUGAGGUGCUAAAGCAGACAGCCUCGCUAUCAGACCUUUCUCCUUCCUGUCAUCGAAUGACACCAUCUAUAAAGGAGCUGUUGGUGGAAAGGACAUGGUGGAUCACUCCGUUCACAGGGGAGGAGAGGUGAUGUCCCUGGGACUACACGACAGGUACUGUGCAAUAUCCUUGGUGGAAGAGGACGAUCCGCACAUGAAAGUAUCUCUUGGGGGCGGCGAUAUGGGUGUGUCUGCCCAUCUCCAGGCUUCAAAGACAGGCACCACGCGAUUCUUCACGAGCAACACCCACAGUUCAGUUGUUUUACAGGGCUUCGACCAGCUGCGGAUAGAAGGCUUACUCUGUGACGUGACGCUGCUACCUGGGGAUGGGGAAGAAGCUUUUCCUGUUCAUAGGGCAAUGAUGGCAUCAGCCAGUGAUUAUUUUAAAGCCAUGUUCACAGGUGGAAUGAAGGAACAAGACCUUAUGUGCAUCAAGCUUCAUGGAGUAAACCGAAUAGGCCUCAAGAAGAUUAUUGACUUCAUUUACACCGCAAAGCUCUCUCUUAACAUGGAAAACUUGCAGGACACACUGGAAGCUGCCAGCUUCUUGCAGAUCCUGCCAGUCCUGGACUUCUGUAAAGUGUUUCUCAUAUCGGGGGUUACUUUGGACAACUGUGUUGAAAUUGGGCGCAUUGCAAACACCUAUAACCUUACAGAGGUGGAUAAAUAUGUAAAUAAUUUCAUCUUAAAAAACUUCCUGUCCUUGCUGAGCACUGGAGAGUUUGUGAAGCUCCCAUUUGACAGGCUAGCCUUUGUACUUUCCAGCAACAGCCUCAAGCACUGCAGCGAGCUGGACUUGUUUAAAGCUGCCUGCCGCUGGCUACGGUACGAAGACUCCAGGAUGGACUACUCCUCCAAACUAAUGAAGAACAUUCGCUUUCCUCUCAUGAGCCCACAGGAGCUUAUAAACCAUGUGCAGACAGUAGAUUUCAUGAGAACAGACAACACAUGUGUGAACCUUUUACUGGAAGCCAGCAAUUACCAAAUGAUGCCCUACAUGCAACCUGUCAUGCAGUCAGAAAGAACUGCUAUUCGAUCUGAUAGCACACACUUGAUAACUUUGGGGGGAGUUUUACGGCAGCAGCUGGUUGUUAGCAAAGAGCUGCGAUUGUUUGAUGAAAAGGCACAUGAGUGGAAAUCAUUGGCUCCCAUGGAUGCCCCACGGUACCAACAUGGCAUUGCAGUGAUUGGCAACUUCCUGUAUGUGGUUGGUGGACAGAGUAAUUACGACACGAAAGGAAAGACUGCUGUGGACACUGUAUUCCGAUUUGACCCUCGCUAUAACAAGUGGAUGCAGGUGGCAUCUCUCAAUGAAAAGCGCACUUUCUUCCACCUAAGUGCCCUCAAAGGACAUCUCUAUGCAGUGGGCGGUAGGAAUGCAGCGGGUGAAUUGGCCACAGUCGAAUGCUACAACCCAAGAACAAAUGAAUGGACGUAUGUUGCAAAAAUGAACGAACCUCACUACGGACAUGCUGGGACGGUCUAUGGUGGGUUUAUGUAUAUUUCAGGAGGAAUCACUCACGACACUUUCCAGAAAGAACUCAUGUGCUUUGACCCCGAUACAGACAAAUGGACUCAAAAAGCCCCUAUGACCACGGUCAGAGGUCUCCACUGUAUGUGCACUGUCGGAGAUAGGCUUUACGUCAUUGGUGGAAAUCACUUUAGAGGAACCAGCGAUUACGACGAUGUUCUGAGUUGUGAAUAUUACUCCCCCUCCCUAGACCAGUGGACUCCCAUUGCAGCCAUGCUGCGUGGGCAAAGUGACGUUGGCGUGGCCGUGUUUGAAAACAAAAUCUAUGUUGUGGGCGGCUAUUCUUGGAACAACCGCUGUAUGGUGGAAAUAGUACAAAAAUAUGAUCCUGAGACGGACGAGUGGCAUAAAGUGUUUGACCUCCCCGAAUCACUAGGGGGCAUCCGAGCCUGCACCCUCACUGUCUUUCCACCAGAGGACGAUACAGGAUCACCUUCCAGAGAGUCUCCCCUCUCUGCACCCUAAUUGCCAUUGACUUGGACCUUGAACACACUGUUUGCACUGCAUUACUGCAUUUUGCAUUUUAAUAGACUAUACCUGUAAACCUCUUUGGCAAUUUGUUAAAAAACAUAUUCUGAUUUGCAACUUAUGUAUAUUUUAAUGUUGCAUAUUGAGUUUUGGCAAAAGAAAAAUGUAACUAAUGCCAUAGAAGACCGAAGCGGUAAUUCAACUUUUGUAUGUUAUGUUUAAGUUUAGUGAAGCAAGGUCCAUGAGGUUUGCUUGGGUGGGGUUUGAUAUUGUGGGUUCUGCUAUUGUCUUUUCUAUCUAAUUGAAGUAGGUGGUUGCCCUGUUUAGGGAUGAAACGCUGUAACAAACUUUACCCCUCAUCAUAUUUCUGCCAAUGCUUUUAACCAUUAACAAAAUGGUGUUUUCUAUAUUUAAUAAAAAAAUAUAAAGAAA